ACUAUCCCUCUCACUCACUGUCUCUAUCCCCAAAUUCGCUAGGGUUUAUCCAGGGUUCCAUUUCCCUCUCCCUCUCCAUUUCCCUCUCUGUGUCAUGGCGAAGCCAACGAGAGGCCGCCCUGCAUCGCGAUCAGGAUCCGGUUCCGGCUCCUCCUCUCGCUCCCGCUCCUACUCCGGUUCAGAUUCUCGCUCUAGCUCUCGCUCUCGCUCAGUGUCCCGGUCCAGAUCUCGUUCUCGGUCCUUGUCCUCCUCCUCUUCGUCUCCUUCUCGCAGCGCCAGUUCUGGAAGCCGAAGCCCUCCUCCUCGCAAAAGAAGUCCUGCUGAAGGAGCUAGGCGAGGUCGGUCUCCACCACCGCAAUCUAAAAAGGUUUCUCCACCUCCAAGGAAAGCUUCACCAAUUCGCGAGUCUCUUGUUCUGCACGUUGACUCUCUGACCAGGAACGUGAAUGAGGGUCACCUAAGAGAAAUAUUUAGCAACUUCGGUGAAGUUGUACAUGUGGAGCUGGCAAUGGAUCGCACUGUUAAUCUUCCUAAAGGAUUUGGAUACGUUGAGUUUAAGACUAGAGCGGAUGCUGAAAAGGCCUUGCUAUACAUGGAUGGGGCUCAAAUUGAUGGCAAUGUCGUUCGGGCAAAGUUCACAUUACCUCCACGACAGAAGCUUUCACCACCCCCAAAGCCAAUUGCCGCAGCUCCAAAGAGAGAUGCUCCCAAAACUGAUAAUGCCAGUGCAGAUGCUGAGAAGGAUGGACCCAAAAGGCAAAGAGAACCUUCUCCCCAUCGGAAACCUCUGGCUUCACCUCGAAGGAGGUCGCCUGUUGCUCGAAGGGGUGGAUCUCCUAGACGUCAGCUGGAUUCUCCACCACGCAGACGUGCAGAUUCUCCUGGUCGUCGCCGAGUAGAGUCUCCUUAUCGUCGUGGUGAGACACCUCCAAGGCGGAGACCUGCAUCACCAGCCAGAGGUCGUUCUCCAUCCUCACCUCCAAGGAGAUAUAGGUCCCCUUUGAGGACCUCACCCAGAAGGAUGCGUGGUAGCCCUGUGCGCAGGCGUUCUCCUCCUCCAAGGCGGCGCACACCUCCUCGACGAGCUCGUAGUCCUCCAAGAAGGUCUCCACUCCGUAGACGUAGCCGCUCUCCAAUUCGUCGACCAGCUCGUUCUCGCUCAAGGUCACUCUCUCCACGAAGGGGCCGAGCUCCAGUUGCAAGGCGUGGGAGGUCUUCAUCAUACUCUGGAUCACCUAGUCCACGCAAGGCAACUCGCAAGAUAUCAAGGAGUCGCAGUCCUAGAAGGCCCUUGAGAGGAAGAAGCAGCAGUAACAGUAGCAGCAGCAGUUCUCCUCCUCGUAAGCCAUAGGUAAUGUUUACUCCUCUCACCAUUUCUCCCCCUCCUUUCCCACCCACCUUCUCUCUUGCUCUCCCUGACUUGAUUGCUGUGAAUGAUGUAAUAGUGAAGAUUUUAUUCUGUUUUUGACUGACUUGCCCUGUAUGGAUUAGUGGUUGAUACUUCUGUUGCUCCUGUGUUUUAUGGAGGCUGUAGUUAAUGUGCAAGCAUGUUGAAUA